GAAGCAGCUGCAGGACUGUCCAGCAGAGUAAAGGCUCUGUUGGGAAAGCGGCUGGGGUGAGACUCAAGACAGCCGGAUCGCAGGACCAGAGCACCACAGUUCACGUGGCUGAGGGGAGUGGCCUUCUGCUCGGCGUCAUUGCGGAGGCGGAGCCUUCUUGGAGCAGUGCCUGGGAGUUCUGCUCUGCCAGCCUUGGGGGAGGAGCCGCAUUUUACCAGGCUGCAGCUGACAAGAAGCGUCAAGCCUCGGCUGAUGUCAGAGGCUCAUGAGCUGUGGGAACUCUGCAUGUGAUUCGACUUGAGCCCAGAAAGGCAGUGUGACUACAUAUGUGCUCCCAACGGUGAAAGGGCUGCCUGGAAAUCAACUGGCUUGAGAGUCAAGACAGUUGGAUCACAUUGCAAGACAGUCACUGUCCAUGUGACAGAGGUAUCUUCCAGAGUUCUUAUUCAAACAACAUGUUCAAGUAUCCUGGGGACAUAUUUGUGGAAGAAAACAGUGCACAUAAACCAUAAACUCUUUGUGGCUCUAAACCAAAAGAAACUUUAAUAAGACUGUUGUUUUGAUAGCACUUGUAUUUUCAGACACAAGGUCAACCAAUCUUUGUAAUACUAACUACUUGGCACACUAAUCUAAAUCAUAAUGGAUGAUGACUAUGUCCUAUGUUAUUGGAAAGAACAGUUAUGGCCAGCAAAAGUCUUAUAUAGGUCUGAAACUUCGUCAACUAGUAAAAGAGAAAACGCAUUUUCUCUGGAAGUUCAAAUACUUUCACUAGGUGAGAAAAUUACGGUGGACAGCAGAGACACAAAAGUCCUAAGUAAAUCCGAGGUGGAAGAAAUUGUGUCCUCACUAGCAGUACAGUCAGAGGUCAGAGUUCUACCUAGGGAAGAGACAGCCUAUGAAAGAUCACUGAAAAUGGCGCUGGAAAUGGUGAAAGAGAUAACAAAUCAGAGCCAGGAAAGCAUGCCAGGUGAAGAAGACACCACUAGAGCAUCUGAAAGUGAACCACCGGAGCUGUCUGAUUCACCUCCCCCUAAAAAGUAUCGGAAACUGGAAAGCAGCCCCCAAGAAGACUCAGCCUCCAUUUUACUGUGCUCAGAGAGUGAUGAUUCCCUAGCUGACGAUAAGCUGCAGGUGUACACAGUUCACGAGGGUAUUCCAAAUGAAGAGGAUUCAAAGCCACCCCAAGCCUUCAGCUGGUACCCAGUUUACCCUUCGUUUAUAAACAAUGAUGAUGAUGAUGAUAAAAAAGAAGAAAAGAAAAAGAUUGACAUCUCAGCAAUUAUGUCUGUGAAUUUAUCAUUCAAAGAUGAAAGUGAAGACAAUAAAGAAGAAAAGUUCAUUCUGUCAGCAGACGAUCUGGUUGUAGCCAAAGAAGAGUCCCAAGGCAUCCAUCCAGAAGCCCCAGCAGGUUCACCUGAAUGCUCCACCUUCCCAGAGGAUUAUAUGGAAGAUCCUGGAGAGGGCCCAUCAUAUCUGAUUCCAUGCUUCUAUGGCAGCCAGAAUCAGUCUUAUGUGGAAUCAGAAAUGGGUGCUGAGACCUCCCCUGCAGGCUGCUCAGGGGACUCUCAGGUUUCACUUCCUGCCUGUAGUAAUCCAGUCAACAAUGACCUACUACUUCAGAGACUGAAUUUCCAAGAUCUUGAGGAAGAAGCUCGAGCUUCUGGCAAGCUACAGUCUCUAAAUCCUGUUAGUGCAGCUGCAAUAGACAAUGAUGAUGAGGACGAUGAUGAAGACCUUCCCCGCUUCAUUCUCUGCUACGAGACGCGUGCAUUUGAACCCGGAAUGAUAGUGUGGUUUAAAUAUCAAAAAUACCCAUUUUGGCCAGCAGUGAUAAAAAGCAUUAGGCGAAAAGAGAGGAAAGCAAGUGUGCUUUUUGUUGAGGCAAACAUGAAUCCUCAAAAGAAAGGUGUUAGAGUCUCUUUGAGAAGAUUAAAAAAAUACGACUGUAAAGAGAAGCAGGCACUAGUGGAGAAAGCUAGGGAGGAGUACGGUGAAAGCAUCGAUUGGUGUGUGUCACUGAUUUGCGACUACAGAGUUAGACUAGGUUGUGGAUCUUUUACAGGCUCAUUCUUUGAGUACUAUGCUGCUGACAUCAGUUACCCAGUCAGGAAAAUCAUCAAGCAAGACACCUUCAGAAAUAUCUUUCCAAAGCUACCUAAUGAAGACACAGGGGAGCAAAUGACUGUGACUUCCCAUGCCAAGAGAAUAUCUUUCCAGAAAAUCCUCCCUGACCGGAUGAAGCCUGCUCGGGACCGUGCUAACAAGAACCUGGUCGAUUUCAUUGUCAAUGCAAAAGGUGCAGAGAGCCAUCUCCUGGGCAUUUUAAAGGGCACAAAAAAAUCCAGAUGGCUGAAAUCAUUUUUGAAUGCCAAGAGUUUCACACCCUGUAUCGAAACAUACUUUGAAGAUGAAGAUCAACUAGAUGAGGUGGUGAAAUAUCUACAAGAAAUUUAUAAACAAAUCGAUCAGAAGAUGCUCACUCUGAUAAAAGGUGACAAAAUUAAGUUUAUCUUGGAAGUUCUUCUACCAGAAGCAAUUAUUUGCUCAAUUUCUGCUGUUGAUGGCUUAGAUUAUGAGGCAGCUGAGGCAAAGUAUCUCAAAGGACCGUCCCUUGGCUAUAGGGAGAGAGAAUUAUAUGAUUCCAAAAUCAUAUUUGAAAAGAGACGGAGGUCGUUAGCAAACGAAGCUCAGUAAUUAUGCCAAGAGUUUAAACCAUAAGGGAAGAUAGAGGAAACUUUGGAAAAGUUAUCAUCUAGAAUUUCCAACAUGUAAAUAUUGGCGAAAAUAUGUGCAGGGGAGGGUCUUUGAAUCACAAGUUCUUUUAUUUUUUGAAGAUCUGUGUGAUCUGCAGAUACCACUACAUCCAUCUUUAUUUUCUUGCACUUUUUCAGAAUCAGCUUUGUCAAUAUAUUUUUAGCAGUUUAAUUUUUUAAUACAUUUUAGAAUACAUAAUUCUUAAGCAAUUUAAGGGAAACUACUAUUUUGUUCUAUGAUAUUUUGUGUCUUUGCUGUAUAGGUAAAUGCAGUAUGCACAUUCAGUUUGAUAAAAUUGCACUGGUAUUAGAUUUUAAGCAAGAGAAUUAGAAAAGAUGUCGAAAACUAAUAUCAGUUAUAUAUUUUUUGCUCAAUUUUUUAAAUAAAAUACCGAGUUUUCUCUUAAGAUAGCUGAAUUAUUUUUCCUGUCAUGCCUAUUUAUUUUUUGGAAAAUUAUCUCUAAAUCAUAGAACCAAAGAUAGACUAAAUGUUGCUACAUGUCAUAACUAACCACAAUUGCUUUUGCCAGGAAACAAUCUAAAAUUAAAAAGUAUAUGGGUUAUCUGCAUGUAAUCUGUGUGUGUGUGUGUGUGUGUGUGUGUGUGUGUGUGUGUAUACAACAUCUCAGCAUGCAGAAAAUGACUUUUGGCAUCCAUGAACAGAAUUGUUCAUUUUACACUUCUCUGAAAUUGCAGUUUGAGGAGUGUCUGUCUUUUGAUGCUGAAUCGUUUUUAAAACAGAUGAACUUCUGGUUAUCUUCAUAAUUGUGAGUAGGUCUUAUUACUAUAGCUAUCUGAGCGCAUGUAGAAGACAGUUAUAAUUAGCAUAUCAACAGUCCUACCCCUCUACACUCCAGGGUUGCUGCUUCAACGUCUAUCUAGUUUGUAUAAACUAGAAAAAGCAAGCACUGUGUUCAGAAUCCUAUCUCCAGUUAGAAAUCCAUUUGUCUCAAACCAAGCAAGCUUUAGCACCUAGCUUAUGUAUAGAAUGGUUCCAAUUGGUUCCAAUAACAUAAAUGCCAACUGGUAAAUCAUUCCAACCUACUAGAUGGACCAGAAUCUGGAAAUUUGGAAAACAUGUUACAGCAAAAGUUCUUUACUUGCUACAUGUGGCAGUUAUUCUGUAUAUGGUUACGUAUACAAAAUCAGAUGUUCUUGUAACUUGAAACAAGAUUUUUUAUAAGUCUUAGAAAAGCUAGUAUAUUAAAAAUAACUUGAUGUGAAAAGAUGUAUUAAGGGCUUAAUACAAACCUGUCUACAUUUUUGCCUCCAACUUUCACUCUUGGGCUCUUCUUUUGUGUUCAUUUCACAUGGCUAUAUGUUUAUGUACAAUUUGCAAAGUUUUGGUAUUUGAUUUAUAAUGAAAACAUGGCAUCUUUCACCUUAGAUGUUAAUUUAGUUGUAUAGCAACACGGUGGUGGUUUGUGUAAAUUAAUAUAUGUACAUGCAUAUAUAUGCACACACACAAUUUAAAACUUUUGCUCAUUGUCAUCAUUUAAUUCUUGUUAUGAAUUGUCAUUCUAAAUAAAUGCCCACUUUCAUGA